UAUUAGUUUAGUACUCUGAUAAACUAGCAAAAUCUAAUUCCUUAUAUAAUCCGUAUUCUUAAAAAAAUAAUGAUAGUAUUUCACUGUUGCACUUUUUCUUUCUCGCGUUUGGGUUCUACGCUCUGUUUUCAAAGAGCGGAAGCAGCGGUUGUGUUGCGGCGCAUCGACCUCUUGAAGCGGAGGAAUUCAGUGACCGGAGGAAAAAAAAAAAAAAUAGGACCAGGAAGUAGAAGUCAGGAGCGCGUCUCCGUUUAGGUAGAGCAAAAAGCUAAAGUUUUAACUAAGUAUUUUUAAACGGUUUUAGCUACAAGAUCCGCUUCGGGAAAAGAGUCAUUAUUGAUUAUUGAUCAGGGGACAUAAUUUCCAGCAAGAUGGACUUUGAUCCGGAGCGAGGAGAUCUGUCGGAUCCUCCAAAGGACAAAGUUUCUGAUCUAAAGGAUCAGGUGGAUGGGGUGAAGAACAUCAUGACGGAAAACGUGGAGCGGAUCCUGGCCCGAGGAGAGAGGCUGGACGACCUCAUGGGCAAGACGGAGGAUUUGCAAGCGGGGGCUCAGCACUUCAAGCACACGGCGCACAAGGUCGCCCGCUCUUACUGGUGGAAGAACGUCAAGCUGGUGGUGGUGUUGGUGGUCAUCGUCCUCGUCAUCAUCCUCAUCAUCGUGCUGCUGGCCACCGGCGUCAUUCCCGUCAGUAACCCCCCGCCUCCCAUGAUCAACCCCACCGUCAAGCCCAACGAGCCCUGAAUCCACACAGAGCUGACACAAUGAUGAAGCAUCCCUGUUGCACACUGUAAUGUACAGACUAUAAAAUUACUCUCCAAUGAAGACAUAUUUAACACGUUAGUUUCCUCUUUCUUCUUUAACUUCAGCCGCUCCGUCACCUUCAUCAUGUGAUAAGAGCCUCCCCAUGUUAUCUGUAGAAAUAAAACGCCUCCUGCGAACCAAGUCAAUAUUGCAUGAAUGUCCAGGUUUCCUAUAUUCAAGUGUUUUUAUUAUUUUUUGUUACAAACUUCUGUCAAAGUUAAAUUGAUGAAUGUAUUUGAGGCCGGGCUGAAUCACACAUUAGAAGUGAAUGUUACAUUCAAAAUCCACAACUUUCUCUUUUUACUCUUUUUUAGUGUUUUGGAGAUGUGGCUCCAGUAAGGAAUCUCUGGAGCUUGUUACACUCAGACGGUACUUUUCAAAUCUGGAAGGGUCAGCCGUGCAUUCAUGGUCUGAGGAUCUGAAUGCUGAAAAGCACAUUUACAGCUUUCUUGAGUUGUGCAAAAGUGCAAAGUUAUUGGAUUACAAUGACACAAAGCUGUACAUUUUGUUUAACUGAUCGUAUCGUUCCUCAUCGUUUAUUAUUUUGUUCUCGUCUUUCCUCCUUUGUGGCUUCAUGUAGUAAGACCAGAACAAGCAUGAGGAGAUGAUGAGGCGCUUUUCCAGCCAAUCAGCUGAAAGAGGCCAUUUAGAUCAUGAGCGAGGCGCCCCCUUCUGGUCAUGUGAUGUCAGUUACUGCUUGAGAAACUAAAUGUUCUUGUUUCCUAAAUGCAAGUUUGUUGAAAUGUCUAAUGCAUCAGUUUAGCUUCAUGCAGAUGCUUCUACUUAACUGUAAAUAUUUUCUCAUUCUUCAAUAACUAAUCAAUGUCGUAAUGAAAGUGUUUCUUAAAUAUUUUGAUUGUAAUGCAUUACAGCAAAUCAAAACAUAUUUUUUCAGGUUAAGCUGAAAAUUUACCAAUAAAUUAAUCAUAAAAUGUUACAAUUUCUUGCUAGAACAAAUGUUUAGUUUCUGCGUCUGGGAGACGUGUGUCUACUGAUGGCUGGGCCUCCUGGUCUGCAGGUUUUCUCCGCAUGAAGUCCCUUCUCGUCUGUUUAAGCUCUACCCCACUGCUGCUCAGUCAUGAUUUGAAGUUUAUUUCCUAUAGAAUUGUCCAGACGUUAUGGUAUUUAAUGGUUUUAUUGGUGGAUUUAAUAAAUAGUAUUUAUGCCAUUC